GACAAGCGGCGCCGUAACGGGAAGCAACGCGCGACUGGGGACCUCGAAGGACCUCUCCGCUGGUCACGGAACACCCUUGCGACGUUUCGGUGGCGACGAUAAUACGUACCAGGAUACCGCCGGCAAGCGUCCAGAUUAUCACACACGCUCCCAUAUCCCAAAACAUCACCAUCGGGUAUAAAGAUCGUAGAAGGAUCUCGAAGGAGUAUCGUCAUCUAAGGACACCUCGGGGAGACGACGUUCAAGAGGCAAAAGAAGAGUGACUCUCGGUCACGAGGUUCACCGCACGUGCAGCGCGCGUCUUGCGAGAAAGUGAAUACAACGACAGUGCGAUCGAGACUCGCGGACGUUUUAAUCGACGACGCGAUUUUCGACAGGGAACUGGGGAGGACAGGAUCACGAUCGCGCAAGAACAAGUGAGAGAACUUGGUCGUUCCGGAGUGCGGAGCAGUGCGGUUGAUUGGUAGGUGAGACGUCAACGCGGGCGGACCUUCAAGUGCGCGCUCGUAACGCCCGCGAACUCGUGGCCCGCGCGUCCGGACGCAUGUGCACCGGCACGCGGUCGGCGCGGCCGGCUUAACGGUGCAACUUCCACAGUGAACGCCGUCAGUGGCGAGCGGACGUUCAUGGAUCGUCGCGGAAUACCGGCCGCCGACGACGACGUUCCGACGACGACGAUUCAUGCGCGGUCCUAAAGGAACACGGCAUCGGGCGCAUCCGCUCUGACGGAGAGGCGGUGGAGUCCCUCGCGGACACGCGAAGGGGUAAGCAAGGGAGCGACGAGGAUUCCUGCAGCGAGUGGCAACGCGAAGGAGGAAGUCUGUUGCCCCAGGAGAGUCCUUACGGCCUCACCACGCGGUCCGACGAGUGGAGCGGUCUCCUGCCCAGCUCCACGAUCGUGGGUGCUGGGGGGUCUCCAUGGCUCGGACUCGGUGCCGGGGGUGGUACCGGCGCCACCACGGGGGGAGGAAGUCCCGUAGAGCUCGAGGGCCACUGGGGACGUAAGCUGUACGGCGCGAGUGUGGCACCGCCGCCCCCGCCGCCUCAUCAUCAUCCGCGGGCGCCGUUGGUUUUCGCGCCUCAGGACAUGCGGCAGAUACUGAAGGAAGAACCUCUGCCACGUGCUUGGCCGCAGCCCGCGCUCGCCGACAACGGAGCAAUCGGGGUGGUCCGAGCGCAAUUCGAGAAGCAACCGCCGAGUAAUCUGAGGAAAAGCAAUUUUUUCCACUUCGUAAUCGCACUCUAUGAUCGACACAACCAACCGAUCGAGAUUGAGAGGACGUCAUUCAUUGGCUUCGUCGAGAAAGAUCAGGAGGCCGACGGUCAGAAAACGAACAAUGGUAUUCAGUACAGUCUGCAUUUACUCUAUAACAAUGGUGCCAGGCAGAUACAAGACAUCUUCGUUCGGCUUGUAGACUCCGCGUCAAGACAAGCAAUCAUGUAUGAGGGACAAGACAAGAAUCCAGAAAUGUGUCGCGUUCUGCUGACGCAUGAAGUCAUGUGCAGUCGAUGCUGCGACAAGAAGAGCUGUGGCAACAGGAACGAGACGCCCAGUGACCCUGUCAUCAUCGACCGAUUCUUCCUCAAGUUCUUUCUCAAGUGUAACCAAAACUGCCUCAAGAACGCUGGCAAUCCACGUGAUAUGAGACGCUUUCAGGUGGUCAUUACUACGCAAGUGGAUGUAAAGGGACCAUUGCUAGCGAUGUCGGACAACAUGUUCGUUCACAACAAUAGCAAGCACGGUCGCAGGACGAAACGCAUGGACCCAAGUGAUCCUGGUGAAUAUAACAGUCUAUAUCCGCCAUUACCUCUCCAAACGCCAUGCAUAAAGGCGAUAUCACCCAACGAAGGUUGGACAUCGGGUGGAUCCACAGUCAUAAUCAUCGGUGAAAACUUCUUCGAUGGAUUGCAAGUUGUUUUCGGAUCUUCACUAGUCUGGAGUGAGAUGAUUACUCCACACGCGAUCAAAGUGCAAGCACCGACGCGACAUAUACCUGGCGUCGUUGAUGUCACGUUGUCUUACAAAGGCAAGCAAUUUUGUAAGGGAGCGCCCAGUAGAUUCGUCUACGUUUCGUUAGACGAGCCCACUCUCGACUACGGUUUUCAGAGGUUACAGAAACUCAUCCCGCGGCAUCCGGGCGAUCCUGACAAGCUACCGAAGGAAAUAGUGCUGAAGAGAGCGGCAGAUCUAGCGGAAGCCCUUUACAGCAUGCCCAAGAGCGGAAACAUGGGGAUCACGGGUUCUCUCAGAAGCCCGGGUUCGGUGCAUGCGCCCGUACCUCCCACUUCUAGUUCGGCGACGGCUUUUAAUUCCUACACGGGCCAACUUGCAGUGACGGUGCAGGAAAAUGGUACCGCGGCGAAAUGGACGGACGACGGUAGUUCCGUGACGACAGGAGCCAGUGCUGGCGGAGGAGGUGGCGGUGGCGGCGGUGGCAGUAGCGGUGGUAGCGGCGGCGCCGGUGGUGGAAGCGUCGGUGGCAAUGUCGGAGCCAACCCCGACGCCUACAGACAAAGCAGUAGUGCUAGUCCACAUGGUGUCGUAACUGGCGGUGGUUAUUGCGGUAGUUCGGCCAGCACGCCACACAGUCAUAGUACCAACGGAAGUUACUCCGUUGCCAAUCCGUACACCGGCAGUCCGACUCUUUACACCUCACUGGGCAUGUUGCAGGACUAGGAGAGGUGGUUGGCUCACCCUUCAACAUGAACCCAUUUAUGUUGCCGCCUUGCAACCAGGCAUAUUCAGCCGUUGCCAGUCCGCUGCUCCCGUCAAAUGGCAAAUAAUGCUACGAGAUGUAAGCUCCAAUGAAAAUGUCGUGGACCAUGGCCUUCGCGGAGACAUUGUACGAACCAACGAACUAAUACAUGCGGCUGUAUCCGGUUAAUGCAUCUGGAUAAUUCGUAUAUCGUCUUCGUGAAUUAGUCUCUUUUGUGGUCAAAAGCGGCAAGAAAGAAGACUACAGAAUCACGUCAUCGUUUUUGUCGGAGCUAAAAUCUAUAAGUUUUAUGAGAAACCAGGCAAGUCAUACAUAGUGCAAAAAUCUAUGAUAGUUAUCUUGCACCGAUCACCGAUGAUCGCACUAGUUAAGAAACGAUACAUAUCGAACAACGAGAAGGUGUCUUUCUAUAAACUUUGUAACUCGGUUAAACGAUGGCUCAACGAAUCAUCGUUAAGAAAUGUACUUAAAAAUUAUUGUCUUUUUUCAUUUCGCAAUAAUUUAUAAUUAAUAUUAAAUGCUUACAUAACUUGUAAUAUCGAUUAUUCUGGAUUGAUAUUAAAAAACAGCUGUUUCUUUAUAUUUUCAGUUUACGAUUGUCUGACUCUAAAAUAAUUUGUUAAUUGUAAUUGAUGUAAAACUUGCGUGAAAAGUAUUAAUGAUGAUAAAAGAUAUUUUUUAUCGAUAAAUUAUGAUAUAUAAGAUUAUAUAGAUAAAAUAGAUUUAGUGAACCAUGAAUUUGAGAGCCAGUCGCACAAACCGAGUGAAAGAAUGAGAUGGUAUCAAAUGUUUUAUAUUGUUCGAAUUGCAAAAGGUAAAGGUCGAAAGAAACCGACACCCCUCGACGGACAUAUCGCUUAUCAGUGAAUAACAAAUACCAUAGUUUUAGAGAGCAUUUUCGACUUCGAAAUUUUAACUUCCUACCCGUACGAUUAAUGAUUAACCAGUAUCGCCUAGUUAACGUAUUGUGUAACUUGUAAUUUGUAAAAUACGUGUAAAUAUUGUUGCGAUGUACAAAGAGAAAAUUAUUUCAAGGAAUCCAACGAAGUGACAGUGACAUCAAUCUAGAGAGUGAAAAUUAUUAUACAUAGGUGUAAAUAAAAACGUAGAGCGUCCGUAGCAUAUCCGUAUUAUUGUAUCGGCGUCAUUCAAUUUUUUAACGUUACCCUUAUCGGAAAUGCACGGUUACGUUUCCGAGUUUACUUUGUGAACGAACAAUUGACUUUGUCACAAUCCGUUCCAUCGCUUUGAAGCAGAAGCUGGACGAAUGACGAAUAUCUAGGAACGAAAUCUGUCUGACGUUAAAAACGUUAAAAAGUUGAAUUGAACGCGAUCUGUAUAAAACGUAUAUAGUUGAUUUGGAUCGUUUGAUAAGCCGGCCCGAAACACAAAUCUCAUACAACUCACGAAAGUAUACGAAGCAUAUACCAGAUUGAAAUCCCCAGUUAGUCCAGAGAUUUUACAGCAGUUUACGAGCGUAGAUCGUAUCGUUUGUCGAAACGGAAAUGUCGUUAAAAGUUAUUAUCAUUCUAAAGAGUUCCUUUUUGCAUAUCAACUUGGUAUGUACUUUUCUUCUAGGAAGUGCAUUCUGCGUCCCGGAGCCGAGAACGCUCUGUGAUCUUGUGAUGUUGAUUAUAUACAUAUAUAUCGAUUGUACCUUGGUUCAAUCAUGUCAUGUCAUCCUUUACGAGACGCGUUGUUCUUGUACGCACGUGAAGACACACACGCACACUCGCGCGUAUGGAUACACUCGUCGGUGUAUAUUGAAAUAAAUUAAACUUACUUUUUAAAAAUUAAA